GAUCGGGCGAAUCGAAACUGUUGUGUCGGCGGCAUAUAAAGCCCGACGAGCGGCAGUCGAUGUUGACUAUAGUAACGAAGCGGACGUUCAACUGUACUGUAAAAUACCACAACUAUUAUAAUCAUGGUUCGACUGUGCUUUCUAUCGCUCCUGAUUGCUGCCUGUGUGGUGGCAACACUGGCUGCCAGCGAUUGCCCUUCCUCGACCAAAGUCCAGAACUGUACGCCGAAGUGCCUGCACGACAGCGAGUGCAGUGCCAUCGGUGGCAAGUGCUGCCCAAAUUUGUGCAACGGUCGCAGCUGUGUCCAGCCCAACCAGCUGGGCAACUCUGGUGGAGACAAGUCGCCCUUUGGCAGCAAGAACACUGGAUCUACGGGCAGCUAUUGCGGCAAUGUCAAGUGCAGCAGCUUCGAGAAAUGCGAUAUGGAUCGCAGCACCAAACGUCCCAAGUGCGUGCGCUCUUGAGAACCCGAGCCCCCGCCACCCAACCAAUUUAACCACUAAAACACCAACAGCAACGCGAUUAAAUUAAUUUUGUUGUCAC